AUGACGACGAAAGGCUUCCAGAUCUGCUACCACCAGGGUAACACCUUUGCCAAGCCAAACGGUGAUGCAGAAGACUAUCGUAACAACACCAAGAAUCUGACGAGUCUGCAAGCACACAUUGCCUUCUUCGACGCUGACUGCGACGGCAUCAUUUGGCCUCUGGACACCUUCUUGGGCUUUCUCUCCCUCGGGUUUGGAUUACCCUUUUCCCUCAUGGCCGGGAUCCUGAUCAACGGCGCCUUUAGCUAUCCUUCCAAGCCCCGUCACGGUAUUCUUGGCUGGCUACCUGACCCCUUUUUCAGGAUUUGGAUCCGCAACAUCCGUCACUGCAAACACGGUAGCGACCUCGACAUCUACUCUCACCAGGGACAAUUUCAGCCCGAUUCCUUCCGUGCUCUGCUCGAACGCUACUCGAGCCGUGCAAACAAGGAGGAGCUUUCCUUUUGGGAUACCCUCGGAUCCCUGAGGGAAGAGGGUGACCUCUACGACUUCGUCGGCAUGAUCAUCUUUGCCCUGGAGUGGUUUUCCGUCUAUGUGUUUCUCCGUCCCGAAAGCGGCUACAUGAAAAAGGACGAUAUUCUUGGAGUUUUGGACGGCAGCAUGUUCCCCGUCAUUGCGCUUCGCAAUCGCCGUAACCACCAUCUCAUCCAACCCCUUCGUCCUUUCGCCGUCCUCCUCGGCCUCGUCAGGAGCUUAUUCUAG